AUGAAGAUUCCAGCCCCUGGCCACAGUGUUGGAGGAGGUGCGGGGGCGUGGGCCAUGGUCCUGACGGAACUGACAGGAUGGUACGCCUGGUACGGUCUUUAUGUCAGUCAAGUGAGGCAAGAGUUCGUAGAAGACAGUCAAGUGAAGCAACUGGACGUAGAAGACAGUCAAGUGAAGCAAGUGGACGUAGAAGACAGUCAAGUGAAGCAAGUGGACGUAGAAGACAGUCAAGUGAAGCAAGUGGACGUAGAAGACAUGAAGCAAGUGGACGUAGAAGACAGUCAAGUGAAGCAAGUGGACGUAGAAGACAGUCAAGUGAAGCAAGUGGACGUAGAAGACAGUCAAGUGAAGCAACUGGACGUAGAAGACAGUCAAGUGAAGCAAGUGGACGUAGAAGACAGUCAAGUGAAGCAACUGGACGUAGAAGACAGUCAAGUGAAGCAAGUGGACGUAGAAGACAGUCAAGUGAAGCAAGUGGACGUAGAAGACAGUCAAGUGAAGCAAGUGGACGUAGAAGACAGUCAAGUGAAGCAAGUGGACGUAGAAGACAGUCAAGUGAAGCAAGUGGACGUAGAAGACAGUCAAGUGAAGCAAGUGGACGUAGAAGACAAUCAAGUGAAGCAAGUGGACGUAGAAGACAGUCAAGUGAAGCAAGAAGUGGACGUAAGACAGUCAGAAGUGAAACAGAGUGGACGUAGAGACAGUCAAGUGAAGAGCAAAUUGGACAUGAAGACAGAGUCAAGUAUACAACCUGAAAAUAUGAAAGAAGACUUAAAUGUGAAACUCUUAACAAAUGAACUUUUUAAAACUAAAAAUAUUUAA